GUCAGGUGAGUCCACAUGCUGGCAGAGAACCUCCUCCAGAGCAGCAGAGCCGCGCUGAAGUUUGCUCGGAUUGAAGCCAGGCGCUCAGAGAUCUACCGACUAAUGGAUUCCCAAAUUGUUAAACCUGUGUUAUAGGACAAAGGCCACCACUUCCCAAAAUCCUGACGUGCAGGUUGCUGCUGAUUACAGAAUAUCUUCUCAAAUAGAGAAAAGAGAUUUUCUCUGCAAAGUCACAAACCAGGUGCCGUAGGAUAAGAUUGAACACCAUGCUUUCCUCUAUCCUGUUUUUGGGACUUAUUGCCGUUAUUGGCACUUCCAGGGGCUCGUACCCUUUCACUCAGUCGAUGAACCCUCACCUGCAUCCCCGCCUGUACCAUGGCUGCUAUGGCGACAUCAUGAUCAUGGAGACGUCUGGCGCCUCCUGUGAUGUAACCAAGUUGCUUAACUGUGGGAUUCCCGGUUCCGAAAUGUUUGCCGAGAUGGAUUUGAGGGCCUUAAAGCCUUACCGGGUUCUGAUCAAAGAAGUCGGGCUGAGGCACUGCGUGGACCCUGCUCUCAUUGCAGCCAUCAUCUCCAGAGAAAGCCAUGGAGGAGUCGUCCUGAAAGACGGCUGGGACCACAAGGGACUUAAAUUUGGCUUAAUGCAGCUUGAUAAAAAAAGUCAUCACCCCGUUGGUACCUGGGACAGCAAAGAACACCUUUUGCAAGCUGUUGGGAUUCUAACAGACCGAUUUAAGGCAAUCCAGAAAAAAUUCCCCACGUGGAGUGUGACUGAACACCUCAAAGGUGGUCUCUCUGCCUUUAAGUCAGGAAUUGAUGCCAUUGCCACCCCCGCAGACAUAGACAAUGACUUCGUCAAUGACAUUAUUGCCCGAGCUAAAUACUAUAAAAGACACGGCUACUAGGCAAAGCUCUACGAGUGGACCAGGUUGGCAGGUGCUCACAUGGCCCCUUUUUGAGAGUUUGAUACGGAUGCGUUGUGCCCAACACUGGCAAAGGAACAGUUGCCAUUAUGACAGAAAAUUCAUUUCCCAGUUUUCUUAAUGCAAAUAAGCAUAAAAAGAAAAAAAGAAAAUCCACCCAGUUCACAAUAUGGUUUCCAUGAAAUGAGCACGGACAUAUGCAUAUUUGUUUUGUAGUAAAUAUGAAUAUCAUGGUAAAUAACAUCUGCAUCUUCCAGCGAGGCCUCAUUUUAGCCCAUGAUUUCAAUGUCAACCUACUCCCUGUCUUACCAGAAUUGCUAACAAGAGGAAAACCUGACCUAGCCUUUUGUCCUUUUCCCAGUAUCUGGCUGAGUCACUGGGGCUUUGCUUGUGAGAAAUGCCUGACUUAUUAGCCAGUGGGACAAUGGAGAAGGUAGGAAUGGAAUUCCAGCUCCAUGAGUAACUGAGGGCUGACGGUGGUGACGCUGAUAUUCCUUAGGUGAUGUACACCACACCCUUCAGGCCCGCACCAACCUCCUCUGUCUUCUUCCUCUUAUUUACUGAAGAUGCAGGGACUGGCUUCUUUUCUUCCAUUUUCGGUAGUUACUGCCACACAUUCUUUCAAGGGGUCCUCUUCCCACAAAACAUGGCUGAAGAUAAAUAUAUAGGACCUGAAUUAAUUACAGUUCUUUGGUUGCAAGCAACAGUAACCAAUUCUGGAAAAUUUAAGCAAUAAAAGGAAAUUACUGGGGCCAGCCCUGUA